CACUAAGGAAGAAGGACGUUGCGCUGCGCUCUUGUGUUUGUUGUGAUUCAGCUGAAGAAAGGUUUGUGUUUGCAAACACUGAGGAGUUUGCAUCGAUACAAAGUUUAGUCAACUUUAUAAAUACAGGAGCUUUAAACUGAUUUAAUUGUUAUCGAAUGUAACGGUGUAAUGCUUUAUCUAACAACAGUUAACUUAUUGUGUCCAGAAAAACCUCCCAUUAUAAAGAUGGCGUUUAUUAAAGAGGAGAACGAAUUCUUCAGGAUUGAAGAAGUAUUCAGUAUGAAACAAGAAGAGACUGAGGAACAAACAGACCAUGUGGCACUGAAAGAGGAGAAUGAAGUACUAAAUCAAAUGGAAGAGAAAGAUCAUUAUUUCAAAACUGAAGAGAAAACUUUUAAAAGCUCACAAAUGGAAAAAACUUCUGCUCGAAAAAGAGCUCAAAAGACAGGAACUUUCUUUUUUACUUGCUUUGAUUGUGGAAAGGGUUUCAGUCAACAUGAAGAUCUUAGAGUCCACAUGAGAAUUCACAAUGGAGAGAUGCCUUACACCUGCCAACAGUGUGGAAAAGGUUUUACUGAAAAAGGAAACCUUAAAGCUCACAUGAGAAUUCACACUGAUGUGAAACCAUAUGUAUGCCCUCAGUGCGGAAAGAGUUGCACUCAAAAAGCAGCCCUUACAAGCCACAUGAGAGUUCACUCCGAAGAGAAGCCUUUCACCUGCAAACUGUGUGGAAAAAGCUUUAGAUCAGAACCAAGCUUAAGGUAUCAUAUGGCCGUUCACACUGGAGAGAAGCCAUUCACAUGUGAUCAGUGUGGAAUAGGUUUCGCACGUAAAUCACGCCUUACUUCCCACCUGAAAGUUCACUCAAGAGUGAACUCAUUUAUGUGUCAUCGAUGUGGAGUGUCUUUCCAUAGCAGGAAACGCCUUAACAGGCAUGUAAUAAUUCAUCCAGGAGAGAAGCCUUUCAAAUGCCCGGAGUGUGAAAAGAGUUUCCGAUUCAAUAGAUACCUUAAGACUCACAUGAGAAUGCACACUGGAGAGAAGCCUUUCAUGUGUAAUCUGUGUGGAAGGGGUUUUAGUCAUAAAGCUAGCUUGAAGACUCACACAAGAAUUCACACUGGAGAGAAACCUUUUGCAUGCCCUCAGUGCGGAAUUAAUUUUGCGUAUAAAGAAUCCCUUGAUUGCCACAUGAGAACUCACACUGGAGAAAGGCCUUACACCUGCAAAUUGUGUGGGAAGAGCUUCUCAGAUAAAGGAAAUCUUAAGUAUCACAUGAGAAUUCACACUGGAGAGAAGCCUUACAAAUGUGAUCAGUGUGGAAAGAGUUUCAGACAUAAGAAAACCCUUACUUACCACACAAGGUUUCACUUAAGAGAGAACUCUUUUAAAUGUCAUCAGUGUGGACAGAAUUUCACCAACAAUAAAGAGCUUAAGAAGCAUGUAAGAACUCACAUUGGAGAGAAACCUUUCAUGUGCCAUCAGUGUGGGAAAAGUUUCACACUUAAAGGAAGCCUCAAGACUCACAUGAUAAUUCACACUGGAAAAAGACCUUUCACGUGUCGUCACUGUAGAAAGACUUUCAGAUUGAAAGGAAACCUCCAGACUCACAUGCGAAUUCACACUGGAGAGAAGCCUUUUGUGUGUAUUCAGUGUGAAAAAUGUUUUACGUACCAAAGAGACCUGAAACGUCAUUUGGAAAGUCAUUCUGGAAAGAAACUGCAGUGUUCUGAGUGUGACAAGAGGUUUACAAAAAGGGGAAAUUUUAAAAAUCACAUGGGCAUUCACUCUGGAGGGAGGCGAUUUAAUUGUGAUCAGUGUCAUAAAAAAUGUCUUUUGCCAUCACACUUAAAGAUACACCUGAAAAGUCAUGCAGAUGUGAGACGCUAUGUCUGUCCUUCAUGUGGAAAGAGAUUUAAAUGGCUCAGCAACUUAAAAUGGCACCAGAAAAUACGGAUCUGUGUAAAAGUAAGGCUACGUCGGCAUCGGUAGCCUUGUGGGCUGCGUGCCGACAUAUGACCUGUCAGAUCUCCACUAUCCUAUCAAGAAAAAUGCAAAACCGCCAAAAAAAGGCUACAGUCACACCGCAGUUGAAUGUGGGCCAAAUAUGAACUUCUGACGUCAGAAACAAAAUAUUAAAUAAACGUUUGUUCUGCUGUGAAAUGCCACAAUGUGAAUUGAAGAUUAUAAAUAAAACGACAUAAACUGUGAAAUUA